AUGAGGUUAAACCUGAUGCGCUGUGUUUCAAAUGUGAUCGUUUGCUGUAUUCCUCGAUCACACACGUCGUUCCAAUUUCCAACAACACCUGAAGCUUCAAACGCAGCAGCGGUAAUGCUCCAAAUUUGGAUCUGUUCAAUAACAGUGACAUCUUGAGGAAGCCGAAACCCUUCAAACCUCUCUGCUCCACCUCCAGACUCUGUUGCACUGUGUUCCUCCCACCCUCAUGCUUCCCCGCAGAAACGCAGAGGUGUUGAUCAAACUUGCCCUGCUGUGGCUGAAGGUGAUUUCUUACUUCGCCGGACUUUUAGGUAUCUCCGCACUGUGACAUGGCCAUCUCUAUCUCCCUUCAGUGCCUUGGCCUCAUAAUCCUCGCAGCUAUCCUCCUGCAGACCGUCGCGGUGGCCAUAAGCUUUAUGUACUUCAACAAAGUCCUGAACACGAUGCAGGAGAGUUUUUCCCGGAGCAGCGUGUCCUGUCUGACGAAGGCAAAGCUGCAGUCAGAGUUCCAGGAAACAGCAGCCGAGGGCAGAAGAAGCAGCGAUCCCUGUUGGCAGGUCACUCAGCAGCUCCACUACCACAUCGAGAAGAAGAUUGCUGACAGAUUCCAGCGGGAGAUAUCCACUGCUAUGAGAAAUAAGUUGACGGGAGCUCUGCCUAUCUUGGGCCCUGGGGUCCGUGGGGUCCCUCUUCCUAAAGUUGCUGCCCAUGUGACCGGUGUUGCUUCAUCGACAAAGGCUCCAGCAGCAGAGAGCCCGCUGAGCAGCAGGGGGUACUCCGGGGAGCGCAUCAGAGCGUGGGAGGGCCAGAGGGGUCUGUCCUUCCUGCAGAACAUGGAACUUAAAGGAGGGGAGCUGCUCGUACCAAGAACAGGCCUGUACUACAUCUAUGCCCAGACCUACUUUAGGCUUCCUUCAGUGGGGGAGACGGAGGGGGAAGCAACAGAAGAUGAGGGAGCAGAACUUGUUCAGUACAUUUAUAAAAAGAUGAGUUCUUACACAGGACCCAUCCUGCUGAUGAAAUCAUCCCGGAGCGUGUGUUGGCCUCGGGGUCUGGAGCCAGGCCUCUUCUCUCUGCAUCAAGCCGGCACCGCCUUUCUGCAGCCGGCUGACCGCCUUUUCGUCACUGUCAGCAACGCCAGCACCAUGGAGAUGGACGGGAGGGCGAGCUACUUUGGGGCUUUCCUGGUGGACUAAAGGACUUAACUGAGGCUAUCCAGAGUCGUCAGGAGACAGUAUCAGUCCCUGUGUGAAGAUAUAGGACUGGAAGAUAAGAAGAACGUAAAAAUAAACCUUCUUAUGGAUAGUGGAGCUAUGGGGCUGGGAUCACUCUUAAGCUGCAGAGGAAAACCCUGAGCCUCUUGAAAAGCAACGAAGACGAGUCGUUUUAUGUUGCGCAUUUACUCCAGCAGUAACCUGCGAACACAGUUCAUCUUGGAAACAAGAAGAUCCGAUGACACACGUGGAUUAUGUUGGAGAAGCACUAAAACUGGAUUGUAAACAUUGGGAUUGCUUUCUAUUGAGAGAACUGACCAAAGGGGCAUUGCUGUGUAAUUUUUAAAUGUUUUCCAGCAAUGGACACAAACCUUUGUGCUUUUAGUAUGUUGUAUUGUUCACUAAUGUAUUAGUUCUGAUAAAUGGAUGGCUCUAAUUGAGCUGUUUUUUUCUCAGGGUGUAAAAAAGUAAAACUGUAUAUUUUAUUUUGAGCUCAGUUUACUCCGUGGUUCUAUUUUCUUAGCAAAAAUCACAUUCCUGAUUUGAUACAGAUUGUGGACCAAGUAAGCAAUUUCUAAUUAUAAAAAAUCUAAAUUUUCAGUUGCAGUACUGCUUAUUUUACAAUAAAAUAAUUAUUAUAUUCAUCACAG